AUGCCAGCUAUAUAUGUUGAUGCAUUCGAGUACAGUGAUGAUGAAGAUAAGGAUUCUCCAAGUAGUGGAACAUCACAUAUUACCAUGUGGUACAUGAUGGUUCUAUUGGCCCUACUACUUAUAUGGUUCAUGGUGUACUUCUGUCUGCGAUUAUUGACAUUAAGACAAAAGACGCGAAAUUCACAGCAGAGGCGGACUUAUAUGGGAUCCCGACAACGACCUUCGGAGACUCCAUCAGAACCUACUAUAUAUGUCAGUCCAGCAAACUUGCCGCCUCCGCCUAAAUAUGAGGCUAUGGCGCCGCCCAGUUACGAAGAAGUGGUUGGAAUACACUAUCCAAAUUUCCAACCAAUAUCACAACCAAUCACAACAGCUUUAGCACAAAGCUCGAACACAACAGAAACAACAGCUAAUAAUAAUAACGAUAAUGGAAAUAACGGAAAUAACGUUAAUAACGAAAAUAAUGUUAAUAACGAAAAUAAUGUUAAUAAUGUUAAUAACGUUAAUAACAGGCCACCUACAGUUGUUAUAUCCGUGCCAGUUGCUAGUUCAUGA